UGAUUCUAAUUACUUGUUAUAAAUAUUACCAACGUUUUGGAAUCAAAUUAUAAUAUCAAAAGAUCCCCCCACAAACAAAAUAAGGGAAGUGAUCAUAUAUAAAAUGGCUGAAGAAACAACAACGCCUUCUGCAGCAAUGGAGUAUCCGAUUGAAGCUGCCUCCGGUAUCCACUUCUCCGGUUUACGUCACGACGGCCUUCUUAUCUCCCCCGCGUCAUCUCCAGCUUCCUCGUCUUCUCAACGUGUUUUGUCCUCCUUCCCUGCAAGCCCCGGUGAUCUUAGCGCACCUCCCAAACAGCCCUUCGUCAUCGGGGUAUCGGGAGGUACGGCAUCGGGCAAGACGACGGUGUGUGACAUGAUAAUUCAACAACUCCAUGACCAUAGGGUUGUGCUUGUCAAUCAGGACUCAUUCUACCGUGGUCUAACAGAUGACGAAUUGAAACAUGUCCACGAGUACAAUUUUGAUCACCCAGAUGCAUUUGACACAGAACAACUCUUAGAGUGCAUUGGCAAGCUUAAAUCUGGUCAGCCUGUUCAUGUACCAAUAUACAAUUUUAAGGACCAUCAAAAGUGCUCUGACAGUUUUAGACAGGUCAACGCAUCUGAUGUAAUCAUAUUGGAGGGGAUAUUGGUUUUUCAUGAUCAACGUGUCCGCAACUUGAUGAAUAUGAAGAUUUUUGUCGAUGCAGACGCUGAUACAAGGCUCGCCCGAAGAAUAAAGCGUGACACUGUUGAGAGGAGCAGAGACGUACACUCUGUUCUUGAACAGUAUUCAAAGUUUGUCAAGCCGGCUUUUGAUAAUUUUAUUCUUCCAUCAAAGAAGUAUGCAGAUGUCAUCAUACCCCGGGGUGGCGAGAAUCAUGUUGCAAUCGAUUUAAUUGUGCAGCAUAUCCACACAAAGCUUGGUCAGCAUAACCUCUGCAAGAUAUAUCCCAAUCUGAAUGUAAUUCUUUCUACAUUCCAGAUAAGAGGCAUGCACACACUGAUUCGUGACAGGGAAAUAUCAAAACAUGACUUUGUUUUUUACUCGGAUCGUCUAAUUCGUCUGGUGGUGGAACACGGUCUUGGUUACUUGCCUUUCACAGAGAAGCAAGUAAUCACUCCUACAGGAUCAGUGUACACUGGAGUUAAUUUCUGCAAGAAAUUAUGUGGUGUAUCCAUUAUUCGAAGUGGAGAGAGCAUGGAGAACGCACUACGUGCAUGCUGUAAAGGAGUUAAAAUUGGAAAAAUCCUCAUCCACCGCUCAGGUGACAAUGGGAAACAGCUAAUAUAUGAGAAGCUUCCAAAAGAUAUUUCACAACGGCAUGUGCUCCUUUUGGAUCCAGUUCUUGCUACUGGUAAUUCUGCCAUCCAAGCAAUUGGACUUCUUGUACGAAAGGGAGUCCCAGAGUCUCAAAUUAUUUUUCUCAACCUCAUAUCUGCUCCUGAGGGUAUACAUCGAGUAUACAAACAGUUUCCAUCACUAAAAAUCGUGACUUCAGAGAUUGACGUGGCACUGAAUGAUGAAUUCCAUGUGGUACCAGGGAUGGGAGACUUUGGUGACCGCUACUUUGGUACUGAUGACGUUUAGCUAGCUUCUUCUUUGCAUGAUGAGACAACAAAGGACUUUUAACAGAAUACCAAUAAGUUCUU